CUACCCUUCCUUCUCCUCUUUAACCCUUCCUUUGUCCAUUUUCAUCACCACUACUCUUCAGAAAACUGAAAAACUGACUCUUCUUCGCCAAAGUUCUAACAAUGGCUUCCAAUACAAUAAUGAGCUGUGGCAUCGCCAACACUGCGUUUCCUUGAGUUCUCUCCUCUUCUAAAUCUAAAUUUGCCACUGCCGUUUCGCUUUCUUGUUCUGGUGCCUAUGCUACUUCACGUUUCUCCAUGUCUGCCGACUGGAUGCCGGGCCAGCCCCGCCCGCCUUAUCUCGAUGGUUCAGCUCCAGGUGACUUUGGAUUUGACCCUCUUCGGCUUGGUGAGGUCCCUGAGAACCUUGAGAGAUAUAAGGAGUCUGAACUCAUUCACUGCAGAUGGGCUAUGCUUGCUGUUCCAGGGAUCCUGGUGCCAGAGGCAUUGGGAUUAGGCAACUGGGUAAAGGCUCAAGAAUGGGCUGCAAUUCCUGGUGGACAAGCAACUUACUUAGGUAACCCAGUUCCAUGGGGCACUUUCCCCACCAUUCUGGUCAUUGAAUUCCUCGCCAUUGCCUUUGUUGAGCACCAAAGAAGCAUGGAGAAAGACCCCGAGAAGAAGAAGUAUCCCGGUGGUGCUUUUGAUCCCCUGGGAUUCUCCAAGGACCCCAAGAAGUUUGAGGAGUACAAGGUUAAAGAGGUCAAAAACGGACGGCUGGCAUUGUUGGCAUUUGUGGGUUUCUGCGUGCAACAAUCGGCUUAUCCAGGCACAGGGCCAUUGGAGAAUUUGGCAACUCACUUGGCUGAUCCUUGGCAUAACAACGUUGGGAACGUUAUCAUCCCCAGAGGGCUUUUGCCUAAUUAAACUUUGAUCCAUAUAUAUCCACUGUAGAAUCCCAUAUGAUGAAACAAUUUUCAUAUAUUUUGACUCUCAUGAUUGGAAGUAAUUCUCUACCAAUCACUUGUAAUACUGUGGAGAUUAUUACAACAGUUGUGGUUUAUGGAUAAUAUUCUACUCAAA